AUGUACGAAUAUGCCGUUGAUUCUGGUAUAACUAUUCGAUUUAGAGGCAUUUUUUCCUCGAAGUAUAUUCGUCAGCAUUCAAUUCUCAUUGUAUCUUGUAAAAACACAAACGCUGUUCACCGUGAUACGAACAAUAUUCAUACAUUCACCAUGCCUCAAUAUUUAUCUGCCGACAAAGAAAAAGAGUUGAUGGAAACAGCUCAAAAACUCAUGGCCAAAGGCAAGGGUUUACUUGCAGCCGAUGAAUCAACAGGCUCGAUCGGUAAACGUCUGCAACCCAUUGGUCUUGAAAAUAAUGAAGAAAAUCGUCGUCUCUAUCGACAAAUGCUUUUUACUGGUUCAAAAGAUUUAGCUAACAGUAUCUCCGGUGUGAUCUUUUUUCAUGAAACUUUCUACCAAGAAGAUGACAAUGGCAAACCAUUUCGACAAACUUUGAAAGAAAAAGGUAUCAUUCCGGGUAUCAAAGUCGACAAAGGUCUUGUACUAUUGGCUGGUACUGAUGGAGAGAACACCACACAGGGUCUCGAUGGUCUUGGUGAACGUUGUGCCCAAUACUAUAAAGAUGGUGCUCGUUUUGCUAAAUGGCGAUGUGCAUUGAAGAUUGGUGAUGGUUUACCAUCAGAAUUAGGUAUUCGUGAAACUGCUAAUGUUUUAGCACGUUACGCAUCGAUCUGUCAACAAAACGGUCUUGUGCCUAUUGUUGAACCGGAAGUAUUACCGGAAGGUGAUCAUGAUUUGGAAACAUGUCAACGUGUUACAGAGAAAGUCUUAGCUCAAACAUAUAAAUCCCUCAGUGAACAUCACGUGUUCUUGGAAGGAACUUUACUUAAACCAAACAUGGUUACUUCAGGUUUUGAUUGCAAGAAGAAGUCAACACCAGAAGAAGUAGCACGUGCAACAGUCACAGCUUUACAACGAACAGUGCCCGUUGCCGUACCGGGUAUUUGUUUUCUUUCCGGUGGUCAAUCGGAAGAAGAAGCUUCGAUCAAUUUGAACGCAAUCAACAAAUAUGCAGGCAAGAAACCGUGGGCAUUGACAUUCAGUUACGGACGAGCUCUUCAAGCUAGUGUUCUCACUACUUGGGCAGGCAAAUCAGAAAAUAUUUCCAACGCACAAGAUCAACUUCUCAAACGCGCUCAAGCUAAUGGCGCUGCUGCUAAAGGUGAAUAUACAGGUGGUGUUGGUGGCUCAGCCGGUGGUGAAUCAUUAUUCGAAGCUAAUCGAAACUAUUAA